CGGAAAUCCUUCGCCGCGUUGUUCCCCGGGGCGGGCCUGUCCUUGUCCGGCAUGGCGCUGCUGAGCCCGCGUGUAUCUGCCCGGGCCGCUUAUCUUUCUUCCUUCCCGCUCGGCGAGCGGGACCAGCCGAAACGAUCCCCCGGCCCACCUCGGGGCCUUUCGGUCUCCCUGAAGCGCCGGGGAGUCAAGAAGCGGCAGCCGAAGGGCUCGGCAGCCAGGAAUGGCUCUGUGGCAUCCGACGGGGAGCAGCCUAGAGAUGCGUUCCCGUUUUCGGGUCCCAAGGAGAAGCGAAAACCCAAACGGAACAAUAUCUCCGCUUGCAAACAUUUGGCUCCCUUGCAGAGCCGGCAGAAAGCGUUGCGGAGGAAGGCGGAGCGCAGACGGGUAGACCAAAAGGCUCCAGAACCGCCAGCAUCUGCUGGGCCGCCCCAUGGAGAAGGAGGGCAGCCCUUCUACCCCCGGGAACUGUCUUCGAGUUGCUCUCUCCUGACCUUCCUCCAAGACCUGGAAAAGGUCCAGGAUAGCCGGGAGCGAGCUGCCAAACUCUUCCAGUGGCUCAUCGCUCCUGUUUCCUCGCAGGAAUUCUUUGAUCAGUACUGGGAGAAGUCACCGCUUCUGAUCCACAGGCACAACCCAAAUUAUUAUCAGGACCUCUUCUCCACUGCUGAGUUCGAUAACAUCCUACGCGACCACAAUGUCCAGUUUGGUGUCAACUUGGAUGUCACCAGUUAUGAGGAUGGGAAGAGGGAGACCCAUAACCCUGUGGGCAGGGCAGUGCCAGCUGUGGUCUGGGAUUUCUACAGGAACGGCUGCUCACUCCGGAUGCUGAACCCUCAGGCCUUUUCGGCUACCGUCUGGCAUGUCCUGUCCAUCCUACAGGAGCAGUUCAGCAGUAUGGUUGGUGCCAACACUUACCUGACUCCUGCUGGAGCUCAGGGCUUUGCCCCACAUUAUGAUGAUAUUGAAGCGUUUGUGCUCCAGCUGGAAGGAAAAAAGCAUUGGCGGGUUUACGCCCCGAGACAGCAGGCUGAGAUGUUGCCUCAGUUUUCAAGUAGCAAUUUUAGCCAGAUGGAGAUUGGUGAACCGAUUCUGGAGAUUGUCUUAGAAGCUGGGGACCUGCUAUACUUCCCCCGGGGGUUUAUACAUCAAGGAGAUUGCCUCCCAGAGGCUCAUUCACUCCACAUCACAGUUUCUUCCUAUCAGCGAAACUCUUGGGGAGACUUGUUGGAAAAACUUCUCCCGGCAGCAUUGCAGAUGGCUAUUGAAGAGGACAUUGAAUAUCGCCAAGGCCUCCCUGCGGACUAUCUGGAAUACAUGGGUGUCAUAAACACUGAUGCUGAUGACCCACGCCGAACUGUCUUUCUGCAGAAGAUCAGGACUUUACUCACAAAACUAAUGGAUUAUGCACCAGUUGAUGCUGCAGUGGAUCAGAAAGCCAAGUCUUUUCUUCAUGACUGUCUUCCUCCAGUGCUCACUGAGACGGAAAAGGCAUUGAGUGUUUUCAGGCAUCCGGCACGGUGGGAGAAUGGAAACGUGCAAAAUGUUGAUGUCCAGCUUGAGAAAACUACACAAAUACGUCUACUUCGAUAUGGCAUUGUCAGGUUGUGCAAUGAAGGAGAUGCUACAUUACUGUAUUAUACCACAGAAAACUCAAGAGUGUACCACAAGGAGGAGCCUAAGUGUUGUGAAAUAGAAUCCGAAUACAUAGAUGGAAUUGAAUUUUUGCUCUCCUCUUACCCAAAUUACAUCUGUAUAGAUGCCCUUCCUGGUGGUUCUUUGAACGAUAAGAUUGCCUUGGGAACUUUUUUAUUUGAGAAAGGGUUGGUGGUUACUAAAAAACCUCUUUUAUCUGGUAACAUAAAAAUAAAUGAAUUGUAAGAAAUUAUUUUUCUUCUACUUACUAGUACAUUUAAGAUAGCAAUCCAAAAGUCUGGAAACUGACUGCUUGGAAUUUGUGUUUGAUCUGCAGAGAUAAAGAAAUACAUAUAUGCAUACAUAUACAUUUAUAUGUAUAUAUUAGAUAAACUAUAGAAAGAUAAAGGAUGUAAUUUGAUCUACAUUUUAAAAUGUUUUAACAGUGUUUAUUCUUAACGAUAUUCUUAUUCUUAACAAAAUAAUUUUUGUCUCCUAAAUUGUGAGCUGGAUUAAAAUAGUGAAAAAAAGUAUUCCAGUAGAAGAUUGCAAUAAACAUAAAUGGUAGACUUAAAGCUCAUUUUUGUAUAUACAUACAUACAUAC